GCAAAGAAGCAAAGCUUGCAUACUUAGUUGCUGCACUUCAUUUUAUCUUUUAGGCUUUUAGCUCUCUGCUUCUCACAAGGACAUGGCUUUCUUGGUCACUAUAUGAUUGUGUCAAUUCACUUGCAGAGUUUCUUAUCAGACUUACUUAGGAAUACUAUUAGGGUCAUAUUGUUACAGGCUACAAACAGUGGUUAAUAUCUUGUACUUCACAGUAUGCAGCAUUUAUUUUUGUAAUUAUCAAAGGCCUCGAAGAGCGAAAUGUCUUUCGUAGUAACCUCAUCCUCCAUUGUCAGCUCCUCAUAUUUUAACCAGCGCAGUGGUUCUAGGUUGAGAUGUUGUGGGAGUACUUGUAAAGUUUCAUACUUUCCCUUUAUUCGAUGCAAGUAUCUGUCUUGCAUUACUGAGAAUAUCCAUACAGUGUUGAGAAGGAAACCAAAUGAUAUCUUAAUGUCCACGGUGAUGAAUUGCACAAAACCCAAUUUUCAAUCCAUCACUGAUGAAGACACAGUUUUUAUUGAUUUGGGUGAUCAAGGAAAUGAAGAUGGUGAAGAUAUAGAUUCACCUUGGGAAGGGGCAGUUGUUUACAAGAGAAACGCUUCGAUAACACAUGUCGAGUACUGUACUACAUUAGAGAGGCUUGGGUUGGGAAACCUUUCAACCACGGUCUCCAAAUCUAGGGCUUCAGUGAUGGGGUUACGGGUCACCAAAGCUGUGAAGGACUAUCCAAAUGGCACGCCAGUUCAGAUUUCCAUUGACAUCACAAGGAGAAAGCAAAAACUGAGGCUUGAUGGGAUCAUUAAAACUGUCAUCACACUGACUUGCAACAGGUGUGGUGAUCCAGCAGCUGAGUCCAUAUUCUCCAACUUCUCACUUCUCCUAACUGAUGAACCCAUAGAAGAACCUGAUAUAAUCAAUAUGGGAGUGAUAUAUGGAGACAAUGCCAAAACUCAUACGGGAUUUGGUGGGGAGGAAAAUGAGGACGACUCAAUUGAUUUCGAGGAUCAGCUGUAUUUCCGCCCAGAGGACAAAGAAAUAGAUAUUUCAAAGCACAUAAGAGACUCGGUGCAUCUGGAGAUUACUAUCUCUGCGACAUGCAACCCAAAUUGCAAGGGGCUGUGUCUCAAUUGUGGUAAAAAUUUGAACACUAGCAAUUGUAUUUGUGGCAAACAGGAGGUAAAGAAGACUACUUUUGGACCUCUUGGAAAUCUAAAGAAGCAAAUGCAGAAAAAAUAACCUAAACUUCAUGUAUAUUUUUCAUAAACAACCCAGCACUUUGUUC